ACUGGAAAUUAAAAUAAGCUCUUGACACGAGAUUUUCUGUUCCAGUGAGGGACAACGAGACCCUCUGCCCCGAGUGCAGCCGAACCGAAGCCGGCACGGUGCGGUCCCGCAGGGCGGGGUGACCUCGCCCCCCGCGGCUGCCGGGUCUCCUCGGCGGCUGCUGCCGCCCUGAGGAGCUCCCGGUGCCCGGGCGCUGCCGGCAGCACCGCCCCGAGGUGCCCCGGGCCGGCCUCAGCACCGACUCCCGGCGAACGGAGCGGGGGAACGCGAACUUGUGGGACGCGCCCGUGUUGCGAAGGUAACCGAGAGAGAGAACGGCCCCCCCCGCCCAGGGCAGCGCCGGGGCGGCACCGCCUCAGCUCCCCCCGCGGGCGCGGGCGGGGCGCGGGCCCGUGAGGAGGCGGCAGGCGCGGGGGCUCCGCUCGCGCCGGGCCCGGCUCCGGAUAAAUGGGGGGCGGCGGCGGCAGCGGCUUCGGAGCCUUGGCGGAGUCGGAGCGCAGCGCGGCUCGGGGCAGCACCGGCAGCAUCCGCAGCAGGGCAGGAUGCGGGGCGGGCGGCCCGCGGCGCUGGCGCUGCUGGCGCUGGCGCUGCUGGCGGCUCAGGGCGGAGCGGCGCCCCUGCAGCCUGGCGGGACCCCCGCGCUCACCAAGAUCUACCCCCGCGGCAGCCACUGGGCUGUGGGACAUUUAAUGGGGAAAAAAAGCACUGGAGAUUUUCCUUAUGGCUUUGAAGAAGAAAACAAGACACCAUUUUCAGCAUUACCUAAUAAUAUCAAGCAGCUGGAAGAGUAUCUGCAGUGGGAAGAAAUCUCAAAAUAUUUGUUAAGGCUGCUGGAAAGGAAUGAAAAUAAAAGUGGUCAUUUUUUAAAAGGAGGUCUUCCCUGGUACAUCAGGAACACCUGGGAGACAGAUGACAAUAGCAGUUGGAAACAUAUGAUGGACUAUCUGCUUCAAGUUGUGACUAUGAAAGAGAGCACUCCAAGCUGAAAGAAGAUCACUAAAUCAUGAAGAAAUUGAAUACUUUCUGUAAGAGACUAUAUUUCACACACUUGAUUGUAUCAGAUAAUCAACAAGGUCACUUUUCUGUACACAAGAAUUCUUUUGUGUAAAGUACUUAAAUACACAUACUCUUGUAUGGUUCAGCAAGGACUAAAUCCUCUACUUCAUUUUCAAGGUUGCAUUUUCUCAUUUGAAUGGCUUUGAUAUAUAUCUAUAUAUAUAUAUAUAUAUAUAUCUAUAUGUAUCUAUAUAUAUAGAUAUAUCUCUAGAAUUGUCAUGGAAGGGUCUUCCAAAUAAUUAUAUGAUGUACCUAUCAAGUAAUUUCAUUUCUUCGUUCGAAACUACAUGACAUUGCAACAUUCGCAAUAAAUA